CAAAGAGGUUAGGAUGAAAAAAAAACAAAUAAUAAUAAUAACAUAGGACGUUCUAGAAUUUCUAUUUUCAAAUUUGGAUUUGCGGGUAUAGAACGUGUUUAUAAUAGUGUUAAAUUUUGAAUCAGUUUAAUUUUUAAUAUGGCGGAUUUGGGAUCGAGCCUUGUGUUGCAAAGGCCUGCGGGCGCCAUUGAAGCGAUCAGAAAAAUCCAUAAUUUGGACAAACCCGGAAGAAUAGAAGAAGCCCUCAAUAUAUUGCACGAUUGGAUUCAAAAACAGCAUCACUUAACUAAAAAGGAUUUUAGCAAAGAUUACUUGGAGAAAACGUUGAUAUCGUGCAAGGGCUCCGUGGAGAAGGCGAAGAAGCAAAUCGACCGACUCUGCACAUUUAAGACUCUGAUACCUCAAUUCUUUACGUGCUCCGACGCAAGGGAUUUGGCCUACGUAUCGGAAUACGCAUGGAUGGUUCCAUUACCGAAGUUGACGCCAGAUUUCUACAGAAUACUCCUCAUUAAGUUUAGGUGCAAGCAUCUUACCAGUGAGAAUAUCAUGGAUUAUUUCCGAUACAAUAUCAUUGUGAGCGAAUACAUCAAGGCACACGAUUAUGUCAACGGCUUUAUUAUAAUCGAUGACUACAGAGAUACAAAUCUAUUGGAUGCAGUAACAAAACUGAAUCCCGUAGAUCUACAACAUUAUAUGUCUAUAUUAAUUGAAGGGUACGGUGCAAGAAUGAAGGGCCUCCACCUACUAUCAGACUCGAAAGCAGUGGAGUUAAUCAUAAAGCUAAUGAAACAGUUUGUCAGCGAUAAAAUUGCUAAGAGAAUGCAUGUACAAAAAUCUUUGUCGGACUUACACAAACACGUUCCUAAGAACAUCUUGCCAGUAGAAUAUGGAGGGAGUGAGAGGUCGAUUGCUCAAAUCCAUGAUGAAUUAGUAGAAGCAAUAACAUCGAAAAAACACAUUGAAUACAUGGAAAUGAUGAACAAGGCGUGCACGGACGAGUCCAAACGAGUGGCUGCGAAGUUCAACGAGGAAUACAUGGGCUUGCCUGGUUCUUUCAGAAAUAUGAGCGUUGACUAAUCCAUAAAUUGUUUUUUAAGUAUCGUUUAAAAACUAGAUUCAAUGUUUUAUCGUUAUAUUUCUUGUAUUAAACUAUCGUGAGACAAAUUAAAUGUAUUAAAUUGUAAGGUGUAAUUGUGUU